UCUGUUUUUCAUUUUGUUUGUAUUAUGCGAACGACCUAAUAUCUUGAUAGCCUAUCAUAUAAAUUUAAGAUAGCAUGAUAUCAUAUAUAUUCUAUUACAUCGUCUAUACCACCAUAAACAAAUAUCGGCUAACUACCAUUUAUGGCAAAGAUGUUGAGAAGACUGAUAAUUAGACUACAAUGAUCAUUCCCUAUACAAAACUCUGAUGUUGAUGAAUCGCUGCUGUCUGUGUUUGUUUUAGUCAAAUUCUCUGUUAACUAACUUCAGCAUGACUGAAUGAUUCGCGAAUAGUUUCUGAUUGAUAAACUGUUGAAUAGCUAGCUGUAAAGCUCAGUUUGUAGAGAAUUUUAAAAGUAAUCCAAUGAUAUUUUUAUUUGCCAUUACAAUUGUAAGAAACGUAAGUUUCCUAAGUUAAAAUGUGAUCUAUGAUAGAGACUCUUCCAAACCUGUUCUUUCCUGGUUUUUAGAUAGUAACUUUUUUGGGAACUGCUUGCUUGUCAAAAUGAUGCCAUCUUUUAUUCGUACCAUAGAUACGACCAGAGAAUGUUGUUCUCUUAAAACAUUGCGAAUGAAGUCGACUCUUUUCCUUCUUAUUUAGAUCUGUUAUUUAUUUUUACUAACCAGAAGGGAAAAUGACAACAAAAAAAGAGUUACAACAAAAAUUAAAAUCUACUGGCUAUGAUAUCAGUCCAUAUGCUUCAAAAGAUACUUUAGCAAUCAUUUUACGGUUACAUGUACAAGCAAUAGAGAAAGAAGUCAAUGUACCACAAUUAAACGAUAUAGAAUUACGCAAUGGUUUAAAAAUGCAUGAUAUUCCUGUUGGACCAGUGACAAGUUUUACUCGUGCUAUCUAUCAACGAAAAUUGCUUGAAGUUACUACGAAACAAACAACUGAAGGACAGGAUGAUGAUAUGGAAGUUGAUGAUCAUUCAUCACCUGUUAACACUCAAAAUCCACCGAUGCGAGACGGUAUUCGAACAAGAAGUGGAAAAUGUGCAUUUUACGAUUGUGACUAA